CUCACACUUAUCAUUAUUAUUUCUGAGCCAGUGCACAGAGAAAUUAACAAGAGAGACCACUUGUGUGUGUGUGUUGAGUGUUCACUCCUUACUCAUGCAAUGAAAUCAAGAUCUAUUACUGUCCACAAUACCAAUGUCUCAUCAUAGUACUUCCAUAUAUAUAAAUUUGUAUUUCUUUGUUUAGGCUGCCAUUAGAUCACAGUACACUCCUCUUCUCUGUCACCUUUACAACAACCCUAAAUAUGCCCAACUGCAACCCUAACCCUAACCCUAACCCUAGCUAACCCUAAGAAGAAGAAGAAGAAGAAGAAGAACGUUUUUCUUUCCCCCAGUAUACUCUUCUUCUCUUUUAGUUUUUGUUUCUCUCCUCUUUUUCAUAGAAAGAAGAAGACACACAAGAAGAAAUGAGUAACAUAGAAGCUCAAGACAUGAUGACAGUGAUGACAGUGGAGUCAUUCUCUCAACUUCCUUUUCUCCGGCCAGCUCCACCAAGAGAGAAACAAAACUCCAUGAUCUCCAAACCCCCUCUUCGCCUUUUUUUCGGCUUUGAAGUUCCUCAAGAACCAAACACUCAUCAAUCUUAUGAUCAUGCUAGUCAUAACACCAUUUGUAAAAAGUUCAACAUUCAAAGUGAAAGCGCCGGAACCACCGCCGGAGACUCCGGAAAAAGGUUUAGCUGCCGUUACUGCUCUCGCAACUUCCCAACUUCUCAAGCUCUUGGCGGCCACCAGAACGCUCACAAACGUGAACGCCAACAUGCAAAGCGUUUGCAGUUGCAGUCCAUGUCUUCUAACCUCCACCAUGGCCCCCCUUCCAUUGUUGAAGGCCAGGUCAUUAGCUUUCAUUCUCUUAGCUCUUUCCCAUCCUUCUCUCAUAACCAGUACCCCAUUAAUGGUGGUUUGAGGACAGUGUUACAACCCAUUAAUGGCAACCCUGUGCCAUGCUUGUGGAGAGCUUAUGGUGAUGGUGGAGUGGGGAUUAGUAAUCCUUUGUUUGGAGGAGGAGAAGACUGUUACAAUGUGGGAGGUUUCAGUGAUACUCUCAUUAAUGGUUCUUCAUCUUCUACUACUACUACUUCUUCUUCUUCUUCUUCUUCUUCUCAGAGAUAUCAUGAUCAUAUCCAUGAAUCUAGUUUGCUGCCAAAAGACAAUGUGAGUUUGGAUUUGCAUUUGUAGUUAAUUACUUUUGUAGCAAAUCAACAAUAGAUUAUGUUCAUGCUUA